AUGUCUUUGUAUUCUCUACCUCAAAAUAUCAGACAGAGGCUGGCCAAUUUCAGUGGCUCGCUCUUCAUCAGCAAUAAAACGCAGGACUGCGGAGAUGGAUAUACCAAUAUACCAGUUAAUGAGAUGGUGUCCAGCCUCACCCUGCAGACAGUUCUGUAUUUCAACACCUUCUUCUUCCCCUUCUGGUGGGUCUCAGAAGUGAUCAUGCUUCAGAUGAAGUACAGCAUGUUACCAGGAUAUUACCAGUGCCUGCUUACUUUGGCAGUGGUAAUCCUCACACUGAUGGAAUGUGUUCGCCUCUCCCUGGGAUAUGUGGGAAAUUUACAUGAAAAGGUACCAGAGCUAGCUGGGUUUUGGUUGGUGACCUUUAUUAUCCAGCUGCCCAUCAUUCUCUUCCUCUUCACUGAUGAAGCCAUCAUCAUUCUGCCCCUGGAGCGGGCCAUUCACAUCCCCUACCUCAGCUUUGUGGUGUUCGAGGUGGUUGCUGGCUUCCAGGCUCUGAAGAUGAUGACUAACCAGCUGGCAAUGCGCUUCUACCUCCAGCAGUUUCAGGACUCAGAGUGCCCCCAGCGGCCAGAAAGAAGCCAAGACAUUGGUGUUCCCUAUGGUAGCAACUCCCUUACCAGCAUUCAGUAG